GUAUUAUAAGAAUUCUUUAUUUCUAUUGCAAAAGUUUCUUGCAUCAAAAUAAAUGUUUAAACUACACUUGCAAAAAUAGUAUAUAAGUAUAUAAUAUUCACCGAAAGCGGAAUAUUAAGAGAACUACCUUGAUACAAUGGACACAAAAGUGUAAUUGAAAUAUAUAAUUUAUCACAAUGAAGACAAUGAAGGACACAGUUAUCAAAGUCGAUGACGGUAGUGAUCAGAGCAGGGACACUAUCAAUAUUUUAUGUUUUGACAUAACUUCAUUCAGUCAUUUAACACAGUUCCUAGUCUGCUGUUUCUUUGUAUUUUUAUGUUAUUUAGCCUAUGGCUGUUUCUUGGAAGAAAUUUUUUCAAAUCCAGAAGUAAAGCCAGUGAGUCUUUACAUAACAUUAAUACAGUUUUUAAUUACCACUGGACUAAGUUAUGUUGAAUCUAUGUUUAGGAUUCCCAUUAAGAGGAAAGUGCCAAUAAAAACAUAUGCACUACUAGCAGCUCUAACUCUAGGCACAAUGUCCUUAUCAAACCUUGCACUUAGUUAUUUAAACUAUCCGACACAGUUAAUAUUCAAAAGCUGCAAGUUAAUACCAGUGAUGGCGGGCAGUAUUAUUAUACUUGGGAAGAGAUAUGGAUUUCUAGAUUACUUGGCAGCUGUCGUAAUGUGUAUAGGACUGACAAUGUUUACUUUGGCUGAUUCCCAAACGUCGCCCAGUUUUGACUCGUUUGGAGUUGUUGUGAUAUCUCUGGCACUUUUCUGUGAUGCUAUCAUCGGUAAUGUCCAGGAGAAGGCAAUGAAACAGUUCCAAGCUACCAAUAACGAAGUGGUGUUCUUUUCAUACGCUAUAGCCUGCGGUUAUUUGAUUGUUAUUACAUUCAGCACUGGAAUUAUGAUGGACGGAUAUUAUUAUUGUUCAAAGAAUUCGAUAAAAAUGUCCACUAACAUAUUUUUGUUAAGUGUGAGUGGUUAUAUUGGACUACAGGCCGUUUUGACUUUAGUUCGUAUUUGUGGCGCCACUGUCGCUGUUACAGUCACUACGAUGAGGAAAGUUUUUUCUAUUGUGAUAUCAUUCUUGCUGUUCAGCAAACCUUUUGUUUUUCAAUAUGUGUGGUCGGGUAUGUUGGUAGCUUUGGCGAUUUUCCUUAACCAUUAUAGCAAGAAGAAUCCGAACUAUGUACCUCCAGGGAUAAGUUACUCGUGGUAUUUCCUGAAAAGAUUCUACGCAUCAGAAUAUAGAUAUCUUCGGAUUAAGAGCAAAAUGUAUGCCGAUACUGUAUGAAUUGUAGCAAAUAUAGCUUUUAUAAAAAGCUUAGAAAAUUAGGUGAAAUAUAAGUUUUUAAAUUGUGACCUUGAACAUUUUUCAUCAAAGGUUUUUUUAAAGAUUUAAUCUGUGAUGAAGUAUCUAAUCUGUAUGUUUCGGAAUUCAAUAUAUUUGUUGUAUUUCGAGAUCGCUCAAAUUACAUGAGAUAUUAUUAUUAUUGUUAAAGAAAUAAGUCAAUUUUUAUUUCGGUUCCAAAUGAUUGAUAUAAAGACGUUCUUAAAUAUUGUCACAUUAUGUGCCAGUGAGGUUAUUAUAUUUUACUAUAGUACAGUCACAAAUUUUACUAUGACUAUAAAAAUGUUUGUCAGUGAUAAAUAAAACAAAUUUUAUUUCAA